AGUCCAAUGUUAACCAAUGGAUAGGAAGAAUAAUACAGCCCUCUAGUUGCUGACCAAUGGGAAGGUGGAUUGAUUGUCAUCUGUCCGUAUUUGAUGACGUAACUUGCUCACAAAAUAGCGCGUGAAAAUGCUUUUCUACUCAUUCUUCAAGUCCUUGGUGGGUAAAGACGUGGUGGUGGAGUUAAAAAAUGACUUGAGCAUAUGUGGGACCCUACACUCAGUGGAUCAGUAUCUGAACAUCAAACUCACAGAUAUCAGUGUCACUGACCCUGAAAAGUAUCCUCACAUGUUGUCCGUGAAGAACUGCUUCAUCCGGGGGUCUGUGGUGCGGUACGUUCAGCUCCCGGCUGAUGAGGUGGACACACAGCUACUCCAGGAUGCAGCACGCAAAGAAGCCAUGCAGCAGAAACAAUGAUUCACCUGGUUUUGUUCUUUUGCUUUGUGGUGGACUUGUACAAAAUAUAACUGCAUUGGUUUACCUUUUUCUUUUAAGCUCAGAUUUUGUAUAGUGUUGAUAAUGUAAGGAAUGCUGUAUGUUUUUCAGUACAUGUUGACGAGAUACGAGUGGCAGAUUCUUAGAAAAUGAGGUUUCUCUCUUCACACUUCAGGCUUAAUUAAUGUUUUUUGAAAUACAAAUGGGGUUGCCUGGGGUUUGACUUUAUCAGAUUAAGUUGUAGCACUCAGCCCUUAAAUUCAGAAUCGCCCUGACCUAGGUAUAGAUGUUUAUAUGUUUAAAUACAUUUUAUUACAUUUAGCUGUUUUUUUUUUGUUUUUUGUUUUUUUACUGAAUCAGAAAGCAAGAAGAACCCCAAAAUAAUUAAUCAUAUUCAGACACAGUAAAGUGGCCUGCCUAGGUUUUGUUGAAAUGAAAAUAAAACUGAUACUGUGUUGAAUAAUUGUGGUAAUGUUUAAUUUCUGGCUUCCCUUUGAACUGAUAACCUUUUCACACAUCUCCCAUCCCAUGGCUUCUUUCACUUGCACUUUUCCACAGCAGCUUGUGAAAUUUCUAGAAGUCUUUCAGAACAGAGGUUCUCUGUUCUAAUGUUCAGGGAGCCUCAGGCAGUCCACACAAUACAACUCUGAAUUAGCAGAUUCUGGUGUUUCAGGAGCUUGUGUCCACGUGAGUUUUCUCCCACCUAAAAAAAAAAAACAUGUCAGUAGAUGAAUUGGUGACUUGAAAUUGCCCAUUGGUGUGAAUCAUUGGGUGUGUGUGUGUGUGGUGCUCUGUGAUAAGACUGGUGUCCCAUCCAGGGUGUAUUCCCUUGUACAUACAGUUCCCAGGAUAGGCUCCAGAUUCAUCAUGACCCUGAUCAAGGAUCAAGUGUUAAUUGGGGAUGAAUAAAUAAAUGAAUAGUGAUUUGGGAGUCAUAACCCAACAUAAAACCUGGUGCAACUGUGUGUCUCUCAGGUCUGUAUGGAGAAUCUUUGAUCUAGGGCACAGUUUCCUGACUCUGGUCCAGGAAAAACCACUGUCCUGCACAUUUUAGUGUUUUGCCUACCCCCAACAUGUCUGAUUUAACUAAUCAGCUAAUCAACAGCCCUUCCUAAUUUGAAGUGGGUGUGUUAGAGCAGGGAAAAUGCUGAAAUAUGCAGGAUAGGGGGUACUCCAGGACCAGGGUUGGGAAGAUGUUAUCUAUGGUGGUUUUGCCUAGUCCUGGUCCUGGAGUUUCCAGUGCACAGUUUUAUGUUUCCCCUGAUUUAACACACCAGAUAAAACUUCUUAGAUUAUUCAUUAAGUCCUUUAUGAGCUUAGUAUGGAUUUAUUAAAGCAGAAAAACAACUUGACACCUGAUGAUUAUAUUAAACUUAUUUGUCUUAAUGUUUUUGUGGGUAACCAACUGGGCCAUUAAUAGUAAAUGCUGACAGGCUGUUUUCCGUCUGGUGAAACAUAUAUGUGAGGAGUUUUGGCAUGGACUGCAUUAUCCAAAAUCCUCAGUACAUUUCAGAAAGUAGUGUGAAUGAGGACCAAAUGGAAGGAUAUUUCAGUGACAGCCCUACAUUUAACUCCUCAGUCUGUGAUUCCUCAGAUGAAGAGAUUUCAACAAAGAAAGAGGAGCACUUGAGGCUUGGCCCUGAAGACCUCAAUGACACCGUUCCCUAUGAUUAUUGAAUAAAGUCCGUGCACAUAUUGGAAUCUUAAUGCUGAAAUGUUUUCUAAAAUUGCAUGGAUUUGUUUUUAUUUAAUUUCAUUAAAUUAAGCUAUAAAAAAUUUGAUAAUA